AUGUGUCAACAGAUCCACCCAACCAAGGGUGAGGUUCGUAAGCACGGUCAUCUCAAGAUCGCUCGUUACCAUCAGCAUGCCGCCGAAGCUUUGGAUCUCACAAUGACUCCACUCGAUUUUAUCAAGAAAUCCUUCCCACAAUACGAGAAGGACACAGAAGAGUGGAGACGUGAGAUCGGUCGUUUCGGUGUCACCGGUAAGUCACAGACCGAGGCAAUCGGUUGCAUGAGUGACGGUGUCAAGAGUCGUCUCAUCUUUUGUAUGAUGGCUUUGGAGAACCCACAUAUGCUAUUGUUGGACGAGCCAACUAACCAUUUGGAUAUGGAGUGUAUCGACGCUCUUGCCGAGGCCAUCAACGAAUUCCCAGGUGGUAUGGUACUUGUAAGUCACGAUUUUAGAUUGAUUUCCCAAGUCUUUCAGUCUAUUUGGGUUUGCGAUAACAAGACUAUUGCUCUAUGGAAGGGUGACAUCACAAGUUAUAAGAACACUUGA